GAGAAACCCUAGAACGCGAGCCGGAGUGCGGAGUAGGAUUCAGAGUACUUUCGUCAUCUCGUCUGCAGCGAACCCUUCCUGAAGUUCGCCGGAUCAGUCAGAAUGUAUACCGCAAGGAGGAAAAUUCAGAAAGACAAGGGCGCUGAUCCUUCUGAGUUUGAGGAGACAGUUGCACAGGCCUUUUUUGACCUGGAGAACACCAACCAGGAACUGAAAAGUGAUCUGAAGGAUCUCUUCAUCAACUCAGCUGUCCAUAUUGACAUCUCUGGGAACCGGAAGGCAGUGGUGAUCCAUGUUCCUUACAGAUUGCGUAAGGCUUUUCGUAAGAUUCAUGUGAGGCUUGUCCGGGAGCUUGAAAAGAAGUUCAGUGGGAAGGAUGUCAUUUUGAUUGCCUCAAGGCGAAUUUUACGACCUCCCAAGAAGGGUUCUGCUGUUGUCAGACCUCGAAGUCGCACACUUACUGCUGUUCAUGAGGCCAUAUUGGAGGAUGUUGUUUAUCCAGCAGAAAUUGUUGGCAAGCGCAUUAGAUACCGUCUUGAUGGAUCCAAAAUUAUGAAGGUUUACCUGGAUCCCAAGGAGCGAAACAACACGGAAUACAAACUGGAAACUUUCUCUGGAGUUUAUAGAAAACUCUCAGGAAAGGAUGUGGUGUUCGAGUAUCCAAUGACAGAAACAGCUUGAAGAAUUCAGUUGGCAGAACGCGUCAUCUGUCAUCUGUUUCUGGCUUUUUUUAGGUAGGCUAGUAUUCAUUGUUAUUUUUGUUUUAAAAUUUUGUCCCCAACAAACAAAUGAGGAUCGUUCUUGUUUGAAUCUUUUGCAUAGGUUUUAUGUUGAGUGGAUACCUCCAAACUACACCAUUUUGCUAAUGUACUAUCCAUUUCCUAGAGCAUUGUUUUAAUGUUC